AUGGAAACAGAAGAAGUGGCAGUGUUUGCAGAGACACCGAAAGUUCCUAGGAAUUUACCAAUGCUAAUGAGCGAAACGCCAAUUAGGUUAAACGACCAUCCAAUUCAAUAUUCCUACACGUUCUCCUAUUUUGUGAGACCAUCUGGGAAGUUUGACCCGGAGGAUUAUGCAAGCUAUGUUCAGCCGGUUGGAGUAAUGAAAACAGUUGAACAGUUUUGGGGGAUCAUGUCACAUUUUCGACGCCCAACAGAUCUGUGUGACAAAGCGGAUAUACACUUCUUCAAAACUGGAAUCAAGCCUGUCUGGGAAGAUCCAGCAAACUGCAAAGGUGGAAAAUGGAUUAUUCGUCUGAAGAAAGGAUUAUCCUCUCGUAUUUGGGAGAAUCUACUACUGGCUGUUGUUGGAGAACAAUUUGAAAUUGGAGAUGAACUGUGUGGAGCGGUGUGUUCAAUUCGCAAUCAAGAAGAUAUCAUUUCAUUAUGGAAUAGAAACGCUGACGAGACUCCUGUGACAAACCGAAUCCGUGAUACUCUCCGCAAAGUUUUGAACCUUCCGCAAAAUACUGUUCUUGAGUACAAACGUCACGAUGACUGCCUGAGAGACCAAAGCUCCUAUCGACACACUAACAAAAACAUUCUGAAAUAA